UCAGGGGGGACCCCUUAAACACCUUGGGCCCGGGGCCCCCCUGCUCACUCUACAGGGACCAAUCCUGUCCCCUUGGACAAAGUGAAAAGGUCAUGACUGUUUGAGAUUACAUGAAUACACCUUAUAAUUCAGUGUCUCCAAGCUCUGGUGUCAGAUCCACCAAGGCUGGACUCCCAGCUCUUCGUCUCUGGUGGAGAUGAUCUUCAAAAUGAAGACCCUGGAAAAUGUUUGGUUCUCUGGAGGAACUACAAAAAUGGAAGGAAAGGACACUUUCAAAAGGAAACUGUUGUGAAAGUGUGUUUACAGCUAACUGAUACUGUUGGUCUUGUCUCUUAAACAAUAAAACACUUUAAGAAGAUUGUAUUUAUGGUCAGAGGAACCUGCGCCGACCAUGCGGCCGAAGACCUUCCCCGCCACCACGUACUCGGGGAACAGCCGGCAGCGGCUGCAGGAGAUCCGGGAGGGGCUGAAGCAGCCGCCUGUGGGGCCGGGCAGUGACGCCACCCUGGAUGCCAAGGUCCUGGGGGGCAAGGUCCUGGGGGGCAAGGACACUGCCCGGCAGCAGCAGAUGAGGAGUGCCCCGAAGUUCGGGCCAUAUCAGAAAGCCCUGCGGGAGAUCAGAUACUCCUUACUCCCCUUUGCUAACGAGUCGGGCACCUCAGCUGCCACAGAAGUGAACCGACAGAUGCUGCAGGAGCUGGUGGAUGCAGGCUGUGACCAGGCUUCCUGGAGCCUCUGGGCCACGCGGGAACUCUCCUGUGGCUGCGGGGACCCUCCUGUGGGUGAUGAGCUUUGUUGUGUUAAGAGCUGCUCCGCUCCAGCCCAGGGCUGUGAGCAACGAGUGCAGAGUGGUUGGUGCAAGUGACAGCAGAGGCCCAGCUGUUCUCUGAGCAUGUGAAGCGACGUCGCUGCCAGCUGCUGCCCCUGACAGACCGGUGAGAAGGUUGUGGUGUCAGGAGGAGCCAGCCAUCCCGGGGAAAUAGUGGAUGAGAGUGCAGAGACUCAGCCUGACUGCGGAGCUGAAAAUCUCCUGGAAGUCACUUAAAAACAAAAGAGCUGUUGUUGCAGUUGUGAUAUAAAGAAACAAAUGAUCCAGAAUUCAGGUGGGAUCUCAUUGUGGUAAAAUCCAUUAGUGAUAAUUGCAGUGCAGGAAAUAAUGAAGUGGAUACUGUUUCCAAUAUAUUAAAACACAAAUAUAGUAAAAUGAAGUGUUGGGGUACCUGUAAGUUCCCAUCAGCAUUUAAUUUAUGUUAAUUGCUAGCAGAAAGGAUCGACAUUUAAAUGCCCCUGAAAUAAUCCAUCAGUUUGGUGUAUAGUGUUACUUUAUGACUUAAAACAGCUGUACCUUCACUCUGACCUUCCAACUCAGACUUUUUCCUGGCCUGGUUAGAGGGUACAUUUGCUUUCAGAGAAAUCUGGUUCGAA